ACUAGCUCGUUUUACGCGGAGUUCGUUGGCUGCGAAAGGUCGUUUGUUUUCGUCAUUCUUUACUCUGGUGCGUUUGGUUAGCGUCGGUAGAAGCGCCAUAAACUCUGUCGUUCUCGAAGUAAAAAUACUUUAUUGUCCUGCACAUAAACAAUUCAUUACAGUUUUGGACAACAGGGAGCUUGUUUAAAAUUUGCUUCUGUCAUUUUGGAGUUUCUGUAGAGCAGCUUUGGAGACGUCUUUACCGUCUCUUCGGAUUUGUCAAGAAACGGCAGGCUCGGGAAACUGAGUUUUAUGUUGCUGAAAAUGUCUUCUAAGAUGUCAAGCUCAACCAACAUGGCCAAUGCAAGGCGGAUGGUACAGCAGCUCCGAGUCGAAGCCAGCAUCGAAAGGAUAAAGGUAUCCAAGGCUUCAGCGGACCUCAUGCGCUACUGUGGAGAACACGCCAAGCAGGACCCGUUACUGAUGGGUAUCCCUGCUUCAGAAAACCCCUUCAAGGACAAAAAGCCCUGCACUAUAUUGUAGUGGGCAUACCUCAGCCCCUCCUGUUAUUUAAUUAAUCCCACUCAACACUGCCUUAAGUCCAGAUCUAGCUAAACCUGUGCAGCAAAUUGUAGACUGCAUUUCAACACUGUAAAUCAGUGUCCAUCAGUACUAAUCACUGGUCACCUAGGAGAAAGAUUGGCAUUGCUGUGCAUAUGAUGCAUCUUUUCUUAUAGUAUAUCUUGCAUUUUUCAGACCGAACUGAAAGAAUUCCGGAGAAUGAACGUAUAACUCCAGUAAAAAGUGUUAAAUUACGGUUUUCCACUGAAGUGUGCCAUUAGUCAGUUCCUUUGUGGUUUAUGUAGGGAAGUUGGUAUAAGCAAGUUACACACUUGAUGACACACUGAGAGGGUGAGAAUAAUGAAACUGAUGUAACCUUCCCUAAUGUUGUAGCUGCUGUCAGAAAUCCCCAGAAAAAUCUAAAGCAAGUUAAACCAGUAGUUUGUGGGGGGUGUAUGGGGUUCUUUCUGCUGUUUUAGAUUGAUUAGAAUGAAAUGUGUAUUUCUUGUACCUGUCCUUUUCCAUCCCCAAAGAACUAUAGAAUGCAAGUGAAAAAGUGAUUAAAUGAAUAAAAAUGUAAUAUAUAAAAAAGAGGUUUAAAGAAGGUCUUGACAUAUUUGCUUUAUGCUGGUUAAUUGUGUGCUGUGCUAGUACUUUAUCAAUUAUCUUUAUAGCAAGGGGAUUUAGUUCCAUUGAUUUUGUUGUAAGAAAAUUUGGAGGAUUGUUUCAAUAUUAAAGUGGACUUGUUUUAUUAUGGACUGAAGUACUUGGGUCACAAGUGUCUCUUGAAAAAGAAAUUUUGAUCUUAAAGGACACAUAGGAUAUAAGUUAAUCACCCUAUUAGGGGAGAGUUAGGAUAAUAUGGGUUUGUUGAAUCCUAUGGGAAAUAACAGCAAUGUUAUGCCUUGCUCAGCCACACCACAGGUCCCUUGAUUCCAGACAGUUUAGAACUGGUUGCUAUUGGCUAAUUGGAACAAGUCAUAUAUAAUCCCUCCAUCCGUACAUAGUGCAUGGAUACUGACAUUGCCUUUUGUCAUUUCUACAAAUUAGGCAGUGUUUAUGCAUCAAAAGGUCUGGGUCAACUAAUAAAAAUCAGUAUAAAUCUGAAUCAAUACUGUUAUUUUUGUUACUGUUUUGUCAACUUUCAGUUGUUUUUUUUUUUUCAAGGUCAUAAUUAUUUUCCCUACCUCUUAUUGACAUCAUGCAGCGGUGUUCUUGAUUUGUGUCCAUGGAACAUUUAAUGACCAGUGACACGCAUUAGAUUCUUCAUUGGAACAGUGACUUCAUUAGGCAUCACUCUUCAAUGAUUCUGUCAGUGUUUCAGUGUUAAGGCAACACAGUGCCUUUCUCUGAAUUUUUAAAUUUAUGUGCCCAACAAAACCUGCUCUCAGUGCAGUCCUCUGGCACCCCCACCCAGUCUAGGUAUUUGAUCUGUUCCAGCUCCUGCACGCCUCCAGCUCCUGGACAUCUGGUUGAGUAAGUAAGGCCUGCAAAAUCUGAUCACCUCAGGGUCAGACGUAGCAUCAGGAGCUGGUCAGAAAUAAUAAAUAUGUGGUCUGGCUGGGAGUCUAAAUAGACUAGAUGGAGACCUGGAUCAACCUUGCAUGCGUUGCUUAUAUUCCUCAUUAAGCCAUCUUUAGUUUGGGCCGAGCGGAACUAAGAUUAGCAGUUGCUCUCAACCUCGUACCUGAAGCUGUGUGAUGUCACCAAGUAGACUGCACUUUUACAAGCCUACAGAAACGACACCUUUGACCCACUGACCUGCAGAAGCGAAUCACAAAUGCAUGGCAUCAAUGCUUCCUUUGUUGGGCUGCGGGGCUUCCUAAAAGUAAACACUUCUACUAUCAGUGUUUGCUUUCCAUAACUUGCAGUGUAGCAUAGACUUCCAUAUACUCUGGUAUAGAUAACAUAACAUAUACUCUCUACAGGACAGAGCUGGCUUUGUUUGGGCUUAAUGAAAGCCACAGCUCCACAGCUGAGGACAUGCCAUCGUCCUGAGGCAGUAGCACAGAAAAAAGUCUCCUAUGAAUCACUCCAAAGCUAAAUAUGACCAAAUAACAGGCACUGACACAUGUCAUGGCUGUGAAGCAGGAGUAGGGGAAACAAAAUAUGCAUUUAGUCACCAACUGGGUAUUUUAUUAUAUGUUUCCAUAUAAUAGAGUCUUUCCAUAUAAGAGAUGCCUCGAGCAGAACAACCUGUGUCAGAGACAAGAAAAUAACAUUUCUAAUGAACUCAAUGAAUUUGUUAUGAGACCUGUGUGCUUGAGCAUGAACAGUUUACCCAAUGUGUGUUUAACCCUGCAUGUGAAUGACUUGAUUAUCGAUUAUUGAUCACUCUGGUUUUGCAAAUACAAUAUAUAAAACUGUAUGUUUCAAUCUCUUUGCCAAGCAUUUGAAUUUGUUGGGUUGAUAUUAUGAACAAUAUAUUAACCAGAUCAAACAUUUGUGUCUUAAUUUUUAUUUGUAUUAUCAUUAUUAUUUAAACACCUAUGCUAGUCUAGGCCUCAUCCUUUCCCUAUUCUUAAUAAAAGAUGAUUUUUGUUAUAUCUGUUAAAUAAAAGAAUGAAAACUGAAUCUAGCUCUGGAGAAAAGCCAUGGAGUCAGGCAGUAGAUUUACAUUAUGGAGGCUUGGGAUAGAUCUUGACGUGCAGUAUUUCACUUGACUAUUCAUAUCUCGGUCACUGUGACCUAUGCAGCUCUGAAACAUGUACUGCAUGCCUGUAUAAUUCUGCCUACACAACCCCACCCUCUCAAAACUGUUUCAUAAAUAAUUUUAUUAAAAUGUCUAAAAAGUUUAACAUUCA